UAAUCAACCCCUGGGGUAAUACUCCCUGAUCCUCAGCCUGUUUUUGCACCUGUGGUUUGCCUUUUGUCAGAGGUGGGCGUGCAAACAGGCAGGUGGGGGGAGGAAGGGGUGAGAAUGAAAUGACUUGUUUCUCAUGUGAAUGGGAGGAGGCCUUUAUUCCACCUCCUGAAAAACUCCUUUAAAAGCGAUGGCUGCUGCCGGACAACCACAGAACAGGUUCAUUAGCAGACAGCCAGCAUGGCCAACAAGUCGAAAUUUAUUGACUACAUUGAUGAAGCUCUGGAAAAAUCAAAAGAAACUGCACUUUCUCGCUUGUUUUUCACCCACCAGGGGAUUCCGUACCCCACCACCAUGUGCACUUCAGAAACUUUCCAGGCCUUGGACACCUUUGAAGCCAGAAGCAAUGACAUAGUGCUUGCAUCUUAUCCAAAGUGUGGUUCAAAUUGGAUUCUACAUAUCAUUAGUGAGUUAAUAUUUGCUGAAUCUAACAAAAAGUAUGAAUAUCCAGAAUUUCCAAUUCUUGAAUGUGGGGACCCAGAAAAAUAUCAGAGAAUGAAACAGUUUCCAUCCCCAAGGAUUCUGGCAACUCAUCUCCAUUAUGACAAAUUACCUGGGUCCAUCUUCAAGAAUAAAGCCAAGAUUUUGGUGAUAUUUCGAAACCCUAAAGAUACGGCAGUAUCUUUUUUCCAUUUCCACAACGAUGUCCCUGAUAUUCCAAGCUAUGGCUCCUGGGAUGAAUUCUUCAGACAGUUCAUGAAAGGCCAAGUUUCCUGGGGAAGCUAUUUUGAUUUUGCCAUUAACUGGAACAAACAUCUUGAUGAUGAAAAUGUUAAGUUCAUAUUAUAUGAAGACCUGAAAAAGAACCUGACCGCUGGAAUAAAACAAAUUGCUGAGUUCUUUGGAUUCUCUUUAACUGGGGAGCAGAUCCAAACCAUCUCAGCCCAGAGUACCUUCCAAGCAAUGCGAGCAAAGUCCCAGGAAACACACGGUGCCGUUGGGCCCUUCCUGUUCCGCAAAGGUGAAGUUGGUGAUUGGAAAAAUUUGUUCAGUGAGACUCAGAACCAGGAAAUGGAUGAAAAAUUCAAACAGUGCUUGGCAGGCACUUCCCUAGGAGCAAAGUUGAAGUAUGAAUCCUACUGCCACCCUUGAAGUAGGAAUCCUACUGCCAUCCGAUUGCCAAUUCAGCAGGCAUGGGUAUUUUCUUUUCCUGAAUGAUUAUUAAAUAAUGAAAUAAGUUGAUCAAAUAAUCAACUAAUGAUAAUUAAACAACGUUUAGAUAUACAUAAUAUGAAUUUAAUAAUAAUGAUAACAUUGGG